AUGUCUAACAAAAAUAAUCCUUUAUUAUAUAACCUAUUACCAAGACAAACAAGGUCAACACCAAACCUAAGACCAACCCAAACUCAAUUAGGAAUAACAAGAAAGAUAAACAGAAUCUUAGAUAUAAGAAACAACAAACCUACAAGAUCUUUACCAACUAUACCAAACAUCUUAAGACCACCACAAACCAUACAAAGAUUAGUACUUAAAUUAUUACAACCAAAAGAAGAACCUAAAUAUAUUAUUAAAGAAGUAAACCAAGAAGUCAAAGAACCAAAAGUUAGAAUACCAAAAGAUUAUCCAGUAAAGAAAUUCUUACUAGAAACCUGGAAAAAACAACUUAAAACAAAUAUAAUCCAAACAGAAAACCUUAUCAAGCUACAAAACCAAAUAUAUUAUUCAACCUUCCUAGCAUACUAUUAUAAAUAUGGAUCAAAAGAAUUAUCUUCUCUAGAAAAAGAAGAACUCAAGAAAGCAAAAGAAAAACUGUUAACUAAACUACAAGAAGUAGGACAAGAAGUUACAGAAAUAAUCGAAGAAGAAAAAUUAACCAGAGUAUCUAUAACAAUAGCACCAGAUACUACUCUGACACUACAUACAAUAAAAGUAAAAGUACCAAGAAGGCAUAGAUUUAUAAGAACAAUAUCUGAAGAAGAAUUAGCUUGCCUAAUAAUUUAUAUUCAUGAACUACAAGAUUAUUCAACAUAUAAUCUAGCAGUACAGCAAUCAGAAAUUGCUGAAACAAGAAUACAAGAUUAUCUAAGAAAUGCUAAAAUAAUAAAACCACGAAUAUACUAA